CCUCGCUCACCUCUUUUUCCUUUUCCCUUGUUUUAAUUAUCACUCCUGGCAUCUGCGAAAUUUGGACAAAGCAGCCUUUUACGGCCGCGCCCAUUCGACUUCCAACGCUUCUUAUCCGACCAGACUCCAAUCUUCACCAUGAGCUCCGAAGGUGAAAAGGUCAGAACCUCCGGUGAGGUCUCUCGUCCGGAGCCUACUCUGCCCACUGUCAACCCUGCCGUUGAUAAGUCGGAGCCUCCCAAGCCUGCCUUCCACCCGGCUGUCUAUGUCAGCGUCUGGAUCGCCUUGAGUUCCAGUGUCAUCUUGUUCAACAAGCAUAUCCUUGACUAUGCUCAAUUCCGUUUCCCUAUCAUCCUUACGACAUGGCACUUGGCUUUUGCGACCUUCAUGACCCAACUCCUUGCUCGCACCACCACUCUGCUCGACGGCCGCAAGACGGUCAAGAUGACUGGUCGCGUCUAUCUCCGCGCUAUCGUUCCCAUCGGCUUGUUCUUCAGUCUGAGCUUGAUUUGCGGUAACGUGACAUACUUGUACCUGAGUGUUGCUUUCAUCCAGAUGCUCAAGGCCACUACACCUGUUGCUGUUCUGUUCGCUACCUGGGGUAUGGGCAUGGCUCCUGUGAACUACAAGGUGCUCAUGAACGUGAGCAUCAUUGUCGUUGGUGUCGUCAUUGCCUCUUUCGGUGAGAUCAAGUUCGUCAUGAUUGGUUUCCUGUUCCAGAUUGGCGGCAUCAUCUUCGAGGCUACUCGUCUGGUCAUGGUCCAGCGCCUGCUCAGCUCUGCCGAGUACAAGAUGGAUCCUCUCGUGUCUCUCUACUACUUCGCUCCUGUGUGUGCUGUCAUGAAUGGUGUCACCGCUUUGUUCCUUGAAGUUCCCAACCUGACCAUGGCCCACGUCUACAACGUUGGUGUGUGGACCCUGCUGGCCAAUGCUGUCGUUGCUUUCCUCCUUAACGUUUCCGUUGUCUUCCUGAUUGGCAAGACCUCUUCGCUUGUUAUGACGCUUUGCGGUGUCCUCAAGGAUAUCCUCCUCGUCGUCGCUUCCAUGAUGAUCUGGCAGACUCCCGUCACUGGCCUCCAGUUCUUCGGUUACUCCAUCGCCCUCGUCGGUCUCGUCUACUACAAGCUUGGCGGCGACAAGAUCAAGGAGUAUGCUGGUCAGGCCAACCGCGCCUGGGCCGAGUAUGGUGUCACUCACCCCGCCCAGCGCAAGUUCAUCAUCAUUGGUGCCGGUCUCCUGAUCUUCUUCCUGCUCAUGGGAUCCAUGGCUCCCAGCUAUGCUCCCGAGCAGGUCGCCAGUGUGAAGGGAAUGCUCGGUGGAGCCACUGCUGGCAAUGCUUAGAGGGGCUCGCGCGCAGUUUCUCGCCUGCCCCUAUGAUAGUGGUAU